AGAGCUUGAAGCCCCAGGCCCCGCGGAGCUGGCCUCAGCACUCACCUGCGCAGCCAUGGAGGCCCCGGCGCCUGGGGGCGACCGCGCCUCCCCAGCCUCGUCCACUCGCAGUCUGGACCUGCGGCGGCUGUCCGCGCGCGCCGACUCGGCCUAUAGCUCUUUCUCCGCGGCCUCCGGCGCUCCCGAGCCGGCCACGCUGUCGCCUGGGACCGACCUCCUCCCUUACCUGGACUGGGACUACGUGCGCGUGGUGUGGGGCGGCCCGGCCCCCGCCAGCGGCCUUCGCACCUCCCCGCAGCCGCGGCCCGCGGCCGCCGCGCGCAGUGGGCCGCGGCCGCCGGAGGUCCGGGGGACGCCGGGGCCGCUCAGCCGGCAGGCCACCCCGCUGCUGUUUGCGCUGGCGGCCGAGGCGGAGGCGGCGGCGCGGGCCGUCGAGCCGCCCAGCCCGCCGGCCUCGCGGGCCGCCUACCGCCAGCGGCUGCAGGGCGCCCAGCGGCGAGUGCUCCGGGAGACGUCCUUCCAGCGCAAGGAGCUCCGCAUGAGCCUGCCCGCCCGACUGCGGCCCGCGGCCCCCGCGCGGCCCCCCGCGGCGCACCCGCGCUCCGCCUCGCUCAGCCACCCGGGCGGGGGCGGCGGCGGCGGGGAAGUGGAACCGGCGCGCCCCGGGGCUCCCUCGAGGGGAACCGUUGGCCGGGGGCGCCUAGCCACCCAGCAGCGGAAGUGGUGCUUCUCGGAACCAGGGAAGCUAGACUGCGUGGGUCGGGGCGGUGGAUCCGCAGGGGAAUGCUCGAGUGAGCCCGGCUCCGGUUCUGGCAUUGCCAGGCCCGAGCCCCAGGAGCGUAGGGUGCUGGCAGAAUUCGAAGGUCACCGGAACAGAUGGCCGCCUGAAACCCAGCCCCGAGGCGUAGAGGACCCAGAACCUCGGUCCCUGAAGCUCGGUGACGCCUAUAGACCUUCCAGUCGGAGUCGGGGCGCUUCAGGGGAAGUCUUGGCUCCCUGGGGAGGUCCAGGAGGGGUCAUGCCCCUUGUCCAGGCUGUUCCUCAAGGAGCAGAAACCCCCAGACCAUUGUUUCAGACCAAACUUGCCAGGUUCCUGACUCAAAAGGAAGCUGCAGUGGUGUGUCCUGCAGAGUAUCCCCAGAGCAGUCCUGUUGGCUGGGAACCGAGGGUCUCAGAGACAUGCAUGGGGGCUGCUGGGCUCCCAUCCCUUCCAGAUGAUGAGGUUUUCCUGGAAGAAGUCCCCCUGGACAGAAGGAGAUCACCUCCAGACACCCAUGCCCCCCCAGGAAACCCACCCAGUGUCCAUGUCUCUGACCAGCAGUAUGGAACUGGCUCAGGCCAGAGGGCUGACCAGGCUACAGUCCCUCUGGAGCACCCCCUCCAUGAGCACCCAGAGACUGCAGGGGCAGAUGACUGCUGGCAGAGGAUAAAUGGUUCUAUGGGUGUCUCUAAGACCAUAAACUAUAGCACCCCCAGGACUGCAAAUGGUGACAUCGCAACCUUUGACCCCAAUGGACGGCUGACCAUUGACUCAUUUGCAGCUGCAGAGAGUGACUCUCUCAAACCUCUCCCAGUUGAUGCCCUGGGACCUCCAAGCAACAAUACCCCAGGUGCUCCUGGCCAUACUGCCCUGGCUUGGGGCACUGGCCAGCCUGGUUCCAGGCCAACAUGGCCCAGUCCUCGCCUUGAGGAGCUGGUUCAGGAGCUGGCCAGACUGGAUCCCUCUAUGAGUGACACUCUCACUUCCUGUCCCAGCCCAGACCCACCCCUGGACCUGCUAGAUGGGCUGAUUCCUUUAGCAGAGGUCUGGGCUGCAAUGAGGCCGGCCUGUGAGGAGGCUGGAAAGGAGGCUGCUCUGGCUUUGUCCCCAGGUUCUAUCUAUCUAUUUAGCUCCAGCCAGUUCCUGCCAACUUGUCAGGAGGAGACAAGGUUUGGAAACCAUACCACCCACCCUGUGCCUGACCAGGCCUGUGGCCAGGGUCUCCCUGAUCCAAAUAACAGCAUCCAAGCCAAGAAAAUGGAGCUAGCCGACCUCCUCCAAAAGAUGCUGCGGAACCUUCAGGCCGAGCAGGAGCAGCUGCACGGGGCGGCCCAGGCUUGGGCCAGGCGCGGGGCUGCUCUGGAGGCCGCGGUGGGCCAGGCCUGUGCUCCCCGCGACCGAGAGCGGUUCGGCAGGUUCAUGGCCGACCUAGAGCGCGUGCUUGGCCUGCUGCUGCUGCUGGGCUGUCGCCUGGCCCGCGUGCGGCGCGCCCUGGCCCGGGCGGGCGCAGACAGCGACCCGGACGAGCAGGCCUCUCUGCUGCGGCGACUCGGGCUCCUGCAGCGGCAGCAGGAAGACGCCAAGGAGCUGAAGGAACACGUGGCGCGGCGCGAGCGGGCCCUGCGCGAGGUGCUGGUGCGCGCCCUGCCCGCCGAGCAGCUGAGCGCCUAUCGCGCCCUGCUGGCCGGCAAGGCGGCCGUCCUGGCCCAGCGGCGCAGCCUGGACGAGCGUGUCCGGCUCCUUCAGGACCAACUGGACGGCGUCAGGAGCGACCUGGGCCCUCGUCCCCUGCCCCCCAGGCUGGCCUGGCCCCCAGAGACCCGUCUUCCAGAUAAACCACCCUUCCUUCCGCCCCUCCUCUAAUUACAGGCGGUGGGGGUGGGGAGCGCUGCCUCUGCCCCUCUCCCACAUCACUGGGGGUGACGCUGGUUGACUUGGUGCUUUUC